GAAGUAAAACCCUCUCACGCUCACUCAGGUCCUCUCUUUUCUGCUCCUUUCUUCUUCUUCUUCACGCAUUGCUAUCCGAGCUAUCUCCGUCGAAUGGGUAGCCAAGCAGCGGCUUCGUUCCUCACGAACAUUGCACGCGCCGCCUUCGGUCUCGGUGCCGCUGCAACUGUCCUUAAUUCCAGCCUCUACACCGUCGAUGGUGGUCAACGUGCCGUUCUCUUCGAUCGUUUCCGGGGCAUUCUUGACGAAACAGUCGGCGAGGGAACACAUUUCCUCAUCCCUUGGGUCCAGAAGCCUUACAUUUUCGACAUUCGCACACGCCCUCACACCUUCUCUUCAGUCUCUGGAACCAAGGACUUGCAGAUGGUCAACCUAACCCUCCGUGUCCUCUCUCGUCCCGAAACGUCUCGUCUCCCUGUGAUAAUCCAGAAUCUUGGUCUCGAGUAUGACGAGAAGGUUCUUCCUUCAAUUGGAAAUGAAGUAUUGAAAGCAGUUGUUGCUCAAUUCAAUGCUGAUCAGCUCCUGACGGAGCGUCCCCAGGUCUCGGCUUUCGUUCGCGAGAGUUUGGUCCGGCGAGCUAAGGACUUCAACAUAGUUCUUGAUGAUGUCGCAAUUACGCAUUUGUCAUAUGGUGCUGAGUUUUCAAGGGCCGUGGAGCAGAAGCAGGUGGCCCAACAAGAGGCAGAGAGGUCCAAGUUCGUGGUGAUGAAGGCGGAGCAGGAAAGGAGGGCUGCCAUUAUUAGGGCUGAGGGAGAGAGUGAAUCUGCUAAGCUAAUUUCAGAUGCAACGGCGGCUGCUGGUACGGGGCUGAUUGAGCUUAGGAGGAUUGAGGCUUCCAGGGAGGUGGCUUCCACUUUAGCCAAGUCGCCUAAUGUAUCCUACCUUCCUGGUGGGCAGCAAUUGCUCAUGGCUCUUAACCCUUCACGGUGAUGCUGCUAGUUGUUGAUGGAGCCCAAUGGAGUCGUGUAACUUCACAUAGUGAGAUAAAGUUCGCUGUUGUUGUUUUUCUCCCCCUUUCCUCUGGAUGCCCGUCUUUCUGAUUUGCUGUAAGUAGAGGGUUGAAUACAAUUCUCAGUUGUGCAUGUGUUUAUUCCACAUAUGGGAAAGAUUGCAUAUGUGGAUUUCAGAUGAAGCGGGUGUAAUUCAAACGGAAUUAUUUCUUGUUUGCAUGUUCUUUUAACCAUUCAACAGUAAUAUUAAGAAUGGAUCAGUUUGUAGUUAUACAGGGGAUUUUCCGUU